GUAGUUCGAUAGGUUAGAGCUCGACCUGAUCGAAGAAGAAGGAAAUAUAGCAAUGUUCACUGUUUUAUUUUUGAAAUUUGACUUGUAUUGAUAUGUAAUAACGUUUAUUGUCGUUGUUUAGGUAGAGUUAUUCUCGGUUGAUUGACUUUUCUGUUCGUAAAACACACAGAUUGACUCCGGGUUGGACUUACCUUUCACGGUAGAGGGGCUAACAGGCCUGUUAGCUCUCAACUAGCCUGGGCCUUUUAGCAUUCCUACUUUAGCCUGAAUCUGAAGUGAAAUGGCGGCCAACACGGCACAAGCAACCCCUACAACGAACUGGCCUUAUGGUUCUACUGGGGAUGGCCAUGUUCAUGAAAAUCCAGAAUGGGAGAAAGCAAGGCAGGCGCUUGCUAGCAUCAAUAAGAAUCAAACCUCUUCAAAGAACACGCAAGAAAACAUGGCCACAGCAGAGGCCGGUCAGUUUCAGCCAACGGCAACCGACUCUGCAGCUGUUCAGCAGCAGUACUAUCCAUGGUACCAGCAAACUCAGCAGCAUUAUCCUGGUUACGCAUAUCAAUACAACUACUACUACCCUAUGGGACCUUACGGAUCUGCGUAUCCACCAAAUCAGUACGGUGUGCCUCCUGGGCCAUACCAAAGCACUCCCACCUCCAGCCAGCCUCCCCCGGUGCCUGGAAUGGAAGAUCAGACACCCAACUACCCUUCCCAACCACAGCCUCCCCCACCUGCUACCCCACAGCCACCCCACAGCCCGACCACUGCGGAGAAACCCCCUCCUCCCCCGCCCCCACCUAUUCCUCAAUCACCCAAUUCCCAGUAUCCUCCCCCUGUUUCUCAAAAUGCUUAUAGUGCCAACACCACCAUGACGUACCAAACCACUGACCCCAACCAAAUGCAAGCCUACAAUCAUUCCCAGGGGCGGCCAAACUACAACCAGAAUUUCCAAACCCAGAACAACUAUCAGCCCAACCAGAAUAACUCCCAGCAGCAGCUGCAGCAUCAGUACGUACCAGGGCUGGGCAGGGGGGAGGCCAACAAAAACCAGAAACAAGGGCAGCAGCUUUGGCACCGCAUGAAACAGGCACCGGGGACAGCUCCUGUGAAGUUUAAUAUUCCCAAGAGGCCCUAUCAGGUUCAGUGUCCCCCAGUUUCCAACCAGGCUUUCCAACCAGGCGAGCAGCCUUCAGGGCUGAAUCAGACUCCUUCCUCUCCAGCUACUGUCAGUGCUGCUUCUGGAGGUGCUCAGACACGGCCCCAGGACUGGCCCCAAGCCAUGAAGGAAUAUGUGCAGCGCUGUUUUACAGCUUGUGAGACGGAGGAGGACAAGGAUCGUACAGAGAAGGUGCUGAAGGAGGUUCUGCAGGAGAGGUUGAAGGAUGGCUCUGCCUACACUAUUGAUUGGACCCGUGAGCCAUUACCAGAAUUAAAGAUGAAGCAGUCUCGUUGGGAAGCUGUUCCUCCCCAGAGAACAUCCGAUAAUUCAUUUAGUCGUGGUGGGAGUACAAUAGCUGCUGCUUCAAGAGGCAGGGGUAUUGGGCACAGACAGGGCAACUACAGGAAUGUUUUCUCUCAAAGAAGUCCAUCUUCUAGUUCAUCACAGUCCUCGUCCCGCUCACCGUCACCAUCACACGGCCGACACAGAGACCGCAGCAACCAAAGGCACAGGUGCAGUGAUUCUGGCUCACAGUCGGACAGCAGCAUUUCCAGCGACCUGCAGCCUCAGCUGUCAAGACGAGGUCAGAAAGGAGGACGUGGUCGAGGAAAUGAUAGGGACAGAGCACGUGGAGGUGGAGAGAGAGGACGAGGUAGAGGAGGCAAAGCCAACAGAGGAAGACGAAACAUGGACGACUCAAAUGCAACUGUUGGAAAGAAGAGGAAAGGGGGCAGCGCCGGGAUGGAUUUCCAUGACCCCAACAGGGAAGCUAAAAAGCAAAGCAGAGCAGCUCGAUUCCACAAACAGCUUCGCUCCGAGCCGCUGGUUCUGUCCGUCAGCACUCUGGACCUACCUGACGGAACCCAAGAGGGCCUCAGCUGGGAGGACUGCCCUAUUGUGGGAUCCUGUCAGGACAUCACAAAGUCCUAUUUAAGACUCACCUGUGCCCCUGACCCUUGUACUGUUCGCCCCGUUCAGGUGCUCAGAAAAUCUCUACAGAGUGUAAAGGCCCACUGGAAAACCCACCAGGACUACGCCUAUGCCUGUGAGCAGAUGAAGUCCAUACGACAGGACCUGACGGUCCAAGGAGUUCGUACUGACUUCACAGUGGAAGUGUACGAGUGUCAUGCUCGCAUUGCCCUGGAAAAGGGCGACCACGAGGAGUUCAACCAGUGCCAGACGCAGCUGAAGGCUCUGUACAAGGACAACCCCUCAGAGAACAUCGGAGAGUUCACAGCAUAUAGAUUGCUGUACUACAUUUUUACUAAAAACUCUGGAGAUCUGACCACUGAGUUGGUCUAUUUGACCCCGGCGCUGCGGGAAGAUGAGUGUGUGGCUCAUGCCCUGUCGCUCCGUGCUGCCUGGGCUUUAGGGAACUAUCACCGUUUCUUUAAGCUGUACCAGGAAGCCCCCCGCAUGGCUUCAUAUCUCAUUGACAAGUUUGUAGACAGAGAAAGGAAGGUGGCUCUUCGGGCUAUAGUCAAAACAUUCAGGCCUGAUCUGCCAGUGCAGUGUGUGCAGAACACUCUGGGUUUCCCAUGUUUGGACUCCUGUAUGACCUUUUUAACUGGUCUAGGUGUCACUUUCACCCCUUCAGACCCAGAAAAGAUAGACUGCAAAACCAGCACAGCCUCUUUGGCUGCUUCUUGAGUGGGAUAAGUGGGCGUAGCUUAAUGAAGGGAAAAUCUUAGAUCCUUAUACUUUCAAUGCACUGCACUUCAGACACCUCACAGUCCAGAUAGGCAGCACCCAAAUGACCCACAUAGAUUCAUUUAUAUAUUUAUUCUGUUGUCAGACCUUUAAAUGUAAUUUUAUACAAAAAUAUUAGAUUUAAAGAUGUAGAAGACCAUCUGCACACAUUUCAUUCUAUUCCAAGUUGAUCUAUCUCACUGAACCUCUGAUGUCUACAAAGAACAGGAGUAGUUCAGCUUCAAGGUGAUCUCUCAGCUCUGAGUUAGAACCAGAUCAGGGAGCUUCCCUUCCCCUUCCCCCACAAAAAAACAGAUGUUAGCGCUAACAGUGUUGUUAUGUUUUUUUCCUCCUCCAAGUCAGCAGCCUGAAGAUUCAAGUCUUAUCAGUCAAAAGGAAUGUCGAACGGCUCCUCGUUAAGUUUGCAGAAUUUCCUCAACACAACUUCUCCCCUCCUUUAAAGACUGUGAGAAGAUACCAGAAGUCUGUCUGAAAGAAGAGAUGGUGGUUUGUAUGUCCUGCUGCUUCCGGUUUUCCUCAAAAAGAAAUGGACUGAUGCCUAAAGUCUUGUUCCUGAUGUAGCAGUAUUCUUUCACUCAAAUGGCUCUUUGGCACUAGAAGACACAACGUGGUGGAGAUGGACUGUGUUUUUAAAAAAAGCUCUUCAUCAAGAUUCUCCGUGUUCUGAAAGUGGCAGAGUCGGUUUCUGCUUCGGUCAGCCUCAGGUGGAGGUUCCCGCUGGCACCUGGAGUCCUUCCUCCUCUGUCCUUUGAGACCCCAGCAGUUGUUACUCAAAAAAAGCUGCACAGGAGAGAAAACCUCCAUCUUCAUCGAGGAGGAGAACCGACUGGUUUGUAUGCUGCGUCCACUGCGGUCUGGUAAGAAAGAGACUUCUGGAGAGAGAUGGAUGAUUGCUCGACAGAGAUGACGCUUCACUUCUUUUCUGUUGUGUUGUAUGUCUGGGUUUAUUUUAUUUAUUUUUUUGGCUUUAUUUUUAACUUUUUGGAGGCAACAGUAUUGGAUUUUCUAUCAGAAUUAUGGGUCUAAAAUCAGGGUUUGAGAAAAAUGUUCAAUCUGACAAUAUUCUAAGAUGCCCUAAUUAAGUUCCCUGAUUAUUUUUUUGUAAUUGCACAGAUGCACUCUUUCUGAAAGUCAUUUAAAAAGGUUUAAAAGGUUAGUUUGAUUAAAAAUAUGUAAAUUGAGAGCAGUGAAGUGCUUUUGUCAGUUUUCUUUUUAGCUAUGAAAUUUGUAAAAUAAAAACUAGUUAACAUACAGAAACUAGUUAUUCUAAAGGUGGGAAAACAUCCUAAUUGGCCGUUAAGUUGUCUAAAAUAGUUAUUGACACGAGUGUCUUUUUUUUUUAAAACUGGUGAUUAUAAAAACAAAACUCAACAAAAUGUUCUCGCAUCAGAAUAUUUGUGCUAUUAAACACAGAAGUCACAGCUGUUCCCUUUAAAUUGACAGGUUUUACUUGAUAGUAUUUUUCGCAGACAUAAUAUUUGAUCUAUUAAAGACUCUAUUUAUUCAGAGCAGAUGCAGAAAAAUGUAAAAAAAAAAAAAACUUGUAAAUGAUGUAUGAACUUGUAGUUUUUGGGUGCAGUUUUUUUUCUUUAGUUUUCAAAUGGGUAAGUGUUGGGUUUUCUUUCUCAGUGUGAUCAUUGGGAUGCAGACAGAUCUGGUUUAUGUUGGAUGUGGCAGAAGCUUGGUUCAUAGUGAGACAUUAAGCCCAGACUUGAUUCGUGGAUUAAUCUGUGAAUGAAUGUUUCUCGGCGUCACCUGGCUCCACCAGGUCAUGUAAACACAAAGUUAGCGAUGAGCGGCUUUUUGUUCCCAGAUCAGGAA